GACUUCAGGAGCUUCUGAUGGAGGAAGUUUAGUUUGGAUUAGAGGAUUAGAACAUUUAGGAAAGUCCUUUUGCAGGAAGAGAUGAUGAGAAAUGGCUCCUGGAUGUUUGAGUCAUCUCGUGUGACUUCAUUGGAGCUCGUGCAUCCAGAUCAUCCUCACUUCUGUGUGCACUGAAGUGCAGGAACCAAGACAGGAGAAGUGGUCGUCUUCUCCUUGAAUUCAUCUUCUUCUGUUUGGACUCAUCAUGGAUUGUAUAUCCAGUGAUUAUUGGAGAUCCAAUCUUAAACUGUUUUUAAAAGACGAUCAACCAAUAGAGGAGGAUCUGUCUGAUUAGCUGCCAGCACAUGCUCUUUAAGAGGAGGCUGACGAUGAAACGCCGGCGGAAAUACUGGUUUUGGAGUCGGAAAAGUAAAACCUCAAAGAUGUGUCUUCUCUGUUGUUACGCGAGAAGAGGAAAAACUCCCUGUUUCCAGACCAGGAGUGCAGAAGACGAGAGCUGUGUGGCCGUCAAAAUCGAGCAGUCUUUGACUCUAGGCAGCAGCAGCAGCAGCAGCAGCCCGGCGUACAAGCAGAGCAGCGUCCCCAUCGUGCAGGCGUGUCUGAACCGGGCGAGCGAAGCGUCCGCCAACAGGAGCAAGGCGAGGGUCAAUGGAAGAGGAUCGAACAGCAGGCCUCGGCUGCCCUCUAAACCUGAAGUGCCUCCAAAGCCAGCACACCUCCUGAGCCCCGUGACGGCACCCUCGUCCCCGCUGCGCAGCGUCCAGCCGCUGUCAUUCAAACCCAGAAUGGAGGAGAGCGGAAUCAAACCAGCGGCUACAACCCGAGAGCGAAUCCGGGACAAACAGUCCAAAGUGUCGGAUCUGAUCAGCCGCUUUGAGGAGAACAGCCACACCGACAACAAGAGAGACGGCUCCCCCGUCAAAGCCGUCGGCAAGGCCUCCCACUUCAGCCCGGCUCACCGCGCCCACCAGAGGACGGAGGCCAGCCGGGUCCAGGAGAACCACUCCUCUGCCCCGGGGCAGGAUGCCCAGAAACCUGCCACCAACGGGGUGCUAGUGCAGACCAUGGAGCAGGAGGAGAGGAACCAUCGCAGCCUGGAGAUCAAGGCUGCAGGCCUCGUAAAUGGAGAUAUGGGGAGCGCCGAGCAAGGCGAGGAUCUUUCACCUCCACGUGUGGAAAGGACGGUUUCAGAGAGGAACUCUGAGAACGGCACCGGGAACCAAGCCGAGCCGGAGCCGAGGACGGAGGAAGGCGGCACCGACCACAAUGAGACGAAAGAGCAGAAGUUGUUUAAAAUCGCCAGUGAGCUCCUGCACACAGAGAAGGCGUACGUGGCUCGACUUCACCUGCUGGACCAGGUGUUUUGUGCUAAGUUAAUGGAGGAGGCCAACAAAGGAACCUUCCCUGUGGACGUGGUGAAGAAUAUCUUCUCCAACAUCUCGUCCAUCCACGCCUUCCACAGCCAGUUUCUGCUUCCAGACCUGGAGAAGCGGAUGGACGAAUGGGCAUCCACGCCUCGCAUUGGAGACAUCCUGCAGAAGUUCACACCCUUCCUCAAAAUGUACGCAGAGUACGUGAAGAACUUUGACAAAGCGAUGGAGCUGCUGAAACAGUGGAGCGACCGCUCGCCUCAGUUCAAAGCCAUCAUUCUGGAGAUACAGAGUCAGGAGAUCUGCGGCUGCCUGACGCUGCAGCAUCACAUGCUGGAGCCGGUGCAGAGAAUCCCUCGAUACGAGAUGCUGCUGAAAGACUACCUGAAGAAGCUGCCAGACAAACACCCGGAUGAAAGAGACGCACAGAAAUCUUUAGAAAUAAUUGCCACAGCAGCGACUCACUCCAACACUGCAAUCAGGAAAUCUGAAAACUUGAAGAAACUGAUGGAGAUCUAUGAGAUGCUGGGCGAGGAGGAGGACAUCGUCAACCCGUCCAACGAGUUCAUCCGAGAGGGCCACAUCCUGAAGCUGGCGGCCAGGAACACCUCGGCGAUGGAGCGGUACCUCUUCCUGUUCAACAACAUGCUGUUAUAUUGCGUGCCGAAGUUCAGCCUGGGGGGGCCCAAGUAUACGGUGAGGACACGGAUCGGUAUCGAAGGCAUGACGGUCCGGGAGACCACCAACGAGGACUACCCCCACACCUUCCAGGUGUCGGGAAAGGAAAGGACCCUGGAGCUCCAGGCUAGCUCGGAGCAGGAUAAGGCGGGCUGGAUUAAGGCUUUCCAGGAGACCAUAGAGGUCUUCCAGCAAAAGAACGAAUCCUUUAAGAACGCCUUGAAGGAAGUGGAGGAAGUUUCGAAAGCGGAGCUGGGGAAGCGGGCCCCUCGCUGGAUCCGGGACAAUGAAGUGACCAUGUGCAUGAAGUGUAAGGAGUCUUUCAACGCGCUGACGCGGCGGAGGCACCACUGCAGAGCCUGCGGCUACGUGGUUUGUUGGAAGUGCUCAGACAACAAGGCGCCGCUCGAAUACGACGGCAACAAGAUGAACAAAGUCUGCAGAGACUGUUACAGCACUCUGACGGGCGAGCGGUCAACCGAAGACGGGAAGAAGGAAAGAAAAGGCAUCCUGGAGAUUGAGGCAGCUAAAUUCACGGAGAGCAGCAUCAUCUGCGGCUUCCUGCAACACUCGGAUAAAGGCAAACUCUGGCAGAAAGUUUGGUGCGUCGUCCCGGAGAAGGACAGCCUAGUGCUUUAUCUCUACGGAGCGCCACAGGACGUGAAGGCCCUGAGUUCCAUCCCGCUCGUAGGGUACUCGGUGGACGACAGCAGCCGGCCCACGGACCCCUCGCCCAGCUUCCACCUCUCCCAGUCCAAGUCUGUUCACUACUUCGCUGCGGAGAACGAGGAAGCGAAGCAGCGCUGGCUGAAGGUGAUUCGAGUGGCGGUAACCGGAGAGACGCCAGAACGGCCUCAAGUCAACGACGCCAACGCUAACCUGUCGGACGACGCACAGGAAGCCGACGCCACAUAAUGGGAGUCGGAAUAAACAGCACGGACCGGAAAACACUUAAAUGUCCUCUUUUCCAUGGAAGUGGAACAGAGUGCUGGAUAAUCUGCCUUUCCUUUACCUGGGUUGUUUUUGGGGAUCCUUUCUGUGCUGGAUUACUAACGGACACCUCUGGUACAAUCAACACUAGAGCAGAGAGCUCUCAGCUAUGAGAGCUCUCAGCCACGAUGAAAGACGGCAACAAAGCUGUCGCCGAGGCGUUUGUGGGCCACCCACGGAGUUUGUACGGUGACCCACUGAGGCUGCGAGUCCAACCCAAAGGGCAAUUCUGCACAAAAGGACAGUCUCUCUUUCUUUUCUAAGGAAACAUUUGUGUAUUAUGUACAGAAACCAGAUUUGUUUGUAUAAAAACGGUAAAACAUCUAAGGAUGACAUAAAGUAUUUACAGUA